GUUUUUAAUCACUGGGGAUUAUAGACAGAUGCCAUGCUAAUAUAUAAAGGGAGAGAAGUUGCAACAUGACUGGGGAAAUCAAAGCACGAUUUGAAGAAGAGUGUUCUACCUACCUAGACAUAUUAGAAAGAAUCAAAAAGAAAGAGAACGUAGUAGAAGGAUGGGGACCUGGGCAUUUUUGAUUGCUCUGCUGGUGGCCCUUUUGAUUCUGCGUUUCCUGGGCCAACUCUGGUCACAGAGACACUUCCCUCCUGGGCCUCUUUCUCUUCCUGUCAUCGGAGGCCUGUGGUGGAUUGUGACGAUGCUUCAUGAAAAUAUUCUGAUUGAGCUGGCAAGGCAGUAUGGAAACAUUUGCACUUUAUGGCUAGGACAUCUACCGUUGGUACUCCUGUCAGGCUACGAAGCUGUGAAAGAAGGACUGAUCGACCAUGCGGAAAAAUUGUCUGACCGACCGAGUACUCCUUUCUUUACACGUUUAGGAAAAGGAAGGGGUAUUGCACUUUCAAACGGUCACACUUGGAAGCAGCAGAGACGGUUUGCUGUAGUGACUAUGCGGAAGCUGGGUCUGGGGAAGAAAGGCAUGGAGCACCAAAUAGAAGAAGAGGCCCAGCAGCUGGUGGAGAUUUUUGCAUGUGCAAAGGGUCAGCCACUUGACCCUUCCUUGCCCAUCACUAAUGCAGUCUCCAAUGUGAUAUGUGCUGUGACCUUUGGACACCGGUUUUCUCUUGAAGAUGAAAAAUUCCAGAAAUUGACUGAAGCUGUUAAUAGUUCUAUAAAAUUUGUAGGCGGCAUAUUUCAUGUCCUGUAUGAAAUGUUCCCAUCAAUACUGAAACAUCUUCCAGGGCCUCACAAAAAGUUAAUAACUGCCUCACAUCUGGUGCUUUCAUAUGCAAAGGAGGAGAUAAAAAAGCAUAAGGAGCAACUGUCCUUUCAUGAGCCACAGGAUUUCAUGGAUUUCUAUCUACUUCAGAUGGAGAAAAACAAGAAUGACCCCAACUCUACCUUUGAUGAAGAGAACCUGGCUCAGGACAUUCACGACUUCUUUGGCGCGGGAACAGAGACAACCACCACUACUCUGAGAUGGGCACUUGUCCUCCUGACAAAUCAUCCAGAUAUCCAAGAUAAAGUCCUCAAGGAGAUAGAAGAUGUUUUCGUUUCUUCUCAAUCCAUCUCCUAUCAAGAUCUAAAGAAAGUCCCCUACACUAAUGCUGUGAUUCAUGAGAUACAGCGAUCAAACUAUGCCUUCUUUUUUGGGGCCCCAAGACAAUGUUCAGAGGACGUGAAGCUGGGUGGUUUUCUACUUCCCAAGGGGACCCUUGUUAUUCCAGACCUGCGCUCUGUUCUUCUGGAUCCUAAGCGAUGGGAGACUCCUAAAGAGUUCAACCCAAAUCAUUUUUUGGACAAGGAUGGAAAUUUUGUGACUAGAAAAGAAUUUCUGCCAUUCGGAGCAGGAGCUCGGGUGUGUUUGACGGAGCAGCUGGCGAGAAUCGAGCUCUUCAUCUUCUUGAUCAAACUGCUGAGGGCAUUCAGGUUUCAGCUGCCGGAAGGAGUGAAAAAACUCAGUCAAGAUCCUGUCAUGGGGCUCACAUUCCAACCCCCGCCUUAUAAAAUCUGUGCUGUUCCUCACAGUAGCUCAUCAUAAACAGAUAAAUGCAUUUAAAAUGGCUUACUAAUUACCGUAAAUUUCUCCCUCCUUACUUUUCAGUUAUGAAAAAAACACCACCCUGAAUUUGCUGUUUAUGCACAAAUGCUCAGUACUGAAUUCUUUCUGUGUAUGACUGGAGUGAGCUGGCAGGGCUCACCAAUGCGUCCCCCAUCUCUCCUGGCCUUAGUAGGCAUUCGGUCAAGGCAAACACAAUCCUCAGCACUCACUUGCCGGCUGACCAAGAAUUUGGCUUGAACCAU